AAAAAAAAAAAAAAAAAAAAACCCAGAAAGAAAAAGGCUUCAGGCAGAAUAGUCGACAAACAGACAUAGAUCCAUCCGUCCCUCUUCCAACAAAUUUCCAAUCACAGCAAUCAACGCCCAGCCUCCCAAUACCCUUUUCCGCUCUUCAACCAAAAUCCUCCUCUCGCAUUUCCUCCUCUCGCCGGCUGAACUUCCCGGCCCGGAAAACAGGUCAGUACUUCGUUUUUUGCUUGCCUGCUUGCUCCGAUAACUUCCUCCCCUCUCGCUAGCUACUUCUCUUCCCCGCCAUUGCUACGGCCGGCGCUCGUUUCUAACGUUGUUCGUCUAUUUGACUUUAAGUUUGACUUCCAAUUCUCUGCCUUGGAUCUGUUAACUGUUCACUGCACCUUGUUCUCCUUUUCUUUUCUCUCACCGAGCUCCCCCUCUGCUCGCUACUUCUGGGUUCUGGUUCAAUUCUGUUGAGUGGGAAAUCGGAAAUGCUACGGCGGGCUGUUCUGCUUUCCAUCCUCGAUUCUUUUCUUUGUCUUCGCCCCCCAUAGUUUUUCGAGGAUUUUAAAACUGUUGGAUUUUUGCAGAGGAAAAGAAUCGAUUGUGGUAUCGACAUUUGCACCUUUCUCCUUCACCUCUUUUCUCCGCGUUUUUGUUUUGGCCAAUUUGUUUUUUUCUUUCUCUUGAUGUUUCUGUUUGCCGUGUUGACUGUGACUGCUUCCAUUGAUUGACUUGCUGGCCUGGUCUUGGGUCAAUGGCCUUUAUUUUCUCGUGCAUAACUCCACAACUGGGGAUUAUUGGGCUAUAGAUGGUUUCAUGAUGGGAGUUAGAAAUCAAUGUGAAAGUAAAAGCAGUACUUCGAGAGUGAUUUUCCUUUUCAGAAGUUUGUUUGUUCUCUGGGGAAACCUAGGUGGGAGGAAGCGUACAUUGGUGACAAGUCGAGAUUAAAGUGCGGCAGUUGGUGAUUCGUUAUUCAUUUUUAAAUGAAUCAAACCUUAAGAUAAUGCGUCUGGUGCGGGUCUUCAUUACGACUUUGGGGCAGGAUUGCGGUCUUCUUGGUUUUCUAUGCUGUAUUUGCCAACUGGGUCAGCAUCUUUCUAGUUUUUGAGGGAAGUCAUUGAUGAUAUUUAUACUGGCCGUGUUGUUGAUUUGCUUGGAAGUUUUAAAGUUUUAGGUUUGUAGAGUUGAACCGCUGAAAAGGGAAGACCAACUGCUUUGUGACAAUGUCCCCGUCCAAUAGGAGAUUGGGUAGGUGGGUCUUGACUGCAACUGCCUACCGGUUAUCUCUCUAUGUUUCAUAUUCAAGGGAGCAAGCAUCUUGAGAGGUCUUCUAUUUCUUUGGGUUCUCACGAGUUCCAUUGAUUUGAAGUUUGGAAGAGAGCUCGUAUUAUUCUCUUGUACAGUAUUGGAUAUGAUGCAUGACAUCAACUUUAUAUGAUCUUUCCUUGAAGACCUCUCUCUGUGAUGCUAGUGUCUUGUUCUUGGAGUCAGGCUCCUAAAUGUUUGGUAGAUUUUCAUUACUUUGCUUUUACUCUCAUUUCCAAGUUUGGUGUAGCUUUCCUCAUUCAUACUUCAGACUCUUGUUUGAUCCUCAAAGUCUUUCUGCCUUUUUUUUAGGUUGAAUUUUAAGUUCCACAAUUGUCUAAUAGAUUGCUCAUUUUGGACUCUUGACUUAGGUGUGUAAUCUGCGUUUCACAACAAGAAGUUUCACAUAGAAGUUAAUGCGAUUGGGCGCUGGUUACUGAUGUGCAUGAGCUGUAAUCAAUCAGGCCAGUAGCAUACCUGGGAGGUAUCGGGCAUUUCUGUACUCUUUUAUCUCCAUAACACCGUCUGCUAAAAACUGGAAGAUGUGAAAGUUUCCAUGGAAUUUAGCCUUUAACCAGAUGGAAGAAUCUGUCUUUUAUCUUGGUAACAGUGUCAACUACUUGUGCCAGAUAGAUCAACACUUUUCUCCCUCAUUAGCACCUUGGCGUGGUGCCCUGCAGAGCAUGUUUCGAAGACAUUCAUCCAUGUGACAAUCAACAAUUAAGGAUUAUAUGUUCCUUUUGAGCUCAAUCACAGCAGGAGGAGCAUAUAACCAUUUUGGUAUUCACUGCCAGUUCAACAAUGAAGAAAUGGUAUGGAGGAGUUCUGGUUGCAUCCCUGUUUAUGUUGCUGAUUCUGAGAUAUGGUUUCUUGAACAAUCCAAUUGGAGAAGGUUACAUGGCAAACUCUUUAUCCAACUUAACUAAUCCUCUUGAGUGGGUGCAAAGUACUUUUCCUCCAGCCCUUCAAAGUCCACAAAACUCAUCUCAAGCAAUCUCCACAAAUGCAAUUGUUAUUAGUUUGUUUGCCAUGAGAAAGACACUUUCAAAUGAAGAGAAAGUAUCCUUGCAUACAUGGACUCUGUUGCAAGGCUUGGUUAAUGGUUCUCAGGCUUUACCAAAUGGAUUAGAUGCUAUCAAGGAAGCUGUCUCUGCAUGGAACAAUCUGAUGGCUGCAGUUGAGGAGGAGAAGCUUAGUCAUUAUGCGAAUGACAGCUCGAACAAGAGAGCUAAAGAAAAGCAAUGCCCUCAUUUUCUCAACAAAAUGAAUGCAACAGGGCUCGAUAAUAAGGGUUUUAGAUUGCAGUUUCCUUGUGGUUUGACUCAAGGCUCUUCAAUCACAAUAAUAGGGGUCCCAGAAGGUCUCCUUGGCAAUUUCCGUAUUGAGUUAACUGGAGAAUCACUGCCUGGGGAGCCUGAUCCGCCUAUCAUAUAUCAUUACAAUGUGAGACUGAAUGGUGAUAAGGUAACUGAUGAACCGGUGAUAGUUCAAAAUACCUGGACUGCAGCUCGUGAUUGGGGUGAUGAGGAACGUUGUCCUGCACCUUCUCCUGAGAAAAUCAAGAAAGUGGAUGAGCUGGACCAAUGCAACAAGGUGGUCGGUAAAAACAGUACUAUUAUCCACAGUGAGGGUCCAAAGAGGUCUGCUAUUCAGGACGGAUCCAGAACCAGAACAUAUUUUCCUUUUAAGCAGAAUUAUCUUUCUGUGAUGACACUAAGGGUUGGAUCAGAAGGAAUCCAGACAACAGUUGAUGGAAAGCACAUUACGUCUUUCGCAUACCGUGAAACUUUGGAGCCAUGGCUUGUUAGUGAAGUUAGGACUUCUGGAGACCUGAAGUUAAUCUCUGUUCUAGCCAGUGGUCUCCCUGCAGUUGAGGAUUCAGAACAUUCGUUAGAUUUAGAAGCACUCAAAGCAUCUCCUCUCUCCCCAAAGCAAUCACUGGAUCUCUUCAUUGGUGUUUUCUCCAAUGCAAACAACUUCAAGCGUAGGAUGGCUGUCAGAAGAACUUGGAUGCAGUAUGCUGCCAUACAUUCAGGAGCAGUCGCAGUUCGCUUUUUUGUUGGCUUGCACAAAAACCAAAUAGUAAAUGAGGAACUAUGGAAUGAAGCAAGAACGUAUGGGGACAUACAGCUGAUGCCUUUCGUGGACUACUAUAAUCUUAUCACAUGGAAAACGUUAGGAAUCUGCAUCUUUGGGACACAAGUUGCAUCAGCAAAGUACGUGAUGAAGACUGACGAUGAUGCAUUUGUUCGUGUGGAUGAAAUCCUUUCUGCUUUGAAGAGAAUCAAAGUGAAUCAUGGAUUGCUUUAUGGACUCAUUAAUUCGGACUCCCAACCCCAUCGAAAUCCUGAUAGCAAGUGGUACAUUAGCUCUGAGGAAUGGGCAGAGAACAAAUAUCCCCCGUGGGCUCAUGGUCCUGGUUAUGUCAUCUCUCAAGAUAUAGCGAAUGCAGUUUACAAGAAAUACAAGGAAGGUCGUUUAAAGAUGUUUAAACUAGAAGACGUAGCGAUGGGGAUCUGGAUUGCCGAGAUGAAGAACGAAGGCAUGAAAGUACGAUACGAGAAGGAAGAUAGGGUCUGCAACGAAGGAUGCCGAGAUGGCUACAUUGUUGCCCACUACCAAGGUCCUAGGGAGCUGCUGUGUCUGUGGCAGAAGAUCCAGGAUGGAAAUGUGGCCAAAUGCUGUGGCGAUUGAGAAGGCAGGUUCGUCAUCCCUUAACCGAGACCAUUAACUCGAGGAUUCGCUAACUCCGGUUUCGGCACCAUCAUGAUAUCAUCUCAGUACCAGUUAGCAAUAGUGACCCCAUUGUACAUAGAGAGAUCUUAUCUAGUUUGUAACAUAUAGGCCACACCAUAAUAUUCAUGUAUCAUCAAGCACCAUCAGUUUUGCCUCUUUUUUUGUGUAUUAAUCGGCCUCCUCUUAUUGUUAGGUCCCGUUUAGAAUUAGCCCUUUAUGAUAUAAUGUAUCGAGUUUAUUGCUGUGGCAGUUGAGUUAUUGGAGUAUGAUAGCAGUUUCUUCCGAGUUUGGCUACUGUAUCUUUGUCGUUGUGCUUAAUUGUAAGGCUCGCAGAUCCGAUCUUUAAUAUGGUCUCAAAAUCCAUGAGAAGAAUCGAAUCAACGAAUAUUGUCAAG